CAGCUACGUCAUCGCCACAUGUGUUUCCUACCUCUCUUGCUCACUGCUCUCCCCCGCCGCUCAUUGGUAGCCCUCGGUCAUGUGACCCGAUGCUCUACUUCUCCUCUCCUUCCCUUGGACAGCUUAAGGCUGCGCCGUGUUUCUCUUUGGGAUUGACGCUCAUCUGUGUGUGUGUGUGUGUGUGUGUGUCCAAAUACGUGUGGUAAGAGAGAGAGACGGACAGUGUACAAUUUAGAGGGCCGGAGAGCAGGGUGCGUCACAAAGUGUCGGAACGGCAAUGGAAACGGGGGAAAAAAGGCGCAGGGAACCAAAAGCGAGAGGCCAGUUGAGAAAGCCAGAGAAAAACGAGAGAUCGCGAGGAACAGGGUGAGGCUACUUCAAGUUGAUCCGACCAUGGCGCCGUGUAGCCGGAACGUGCUCAGCAAUACAGGAGAAAACUACUAAGCAGGAGCUGACAGCGAUCUGCAUGGGGAAGACGGCCAUGUUUUCGCUCCAAACCUCCCCCCCUCCCACCUCCGCUCCCACCUCCCUCCGUUCCCACCUCCCUCCAGCUCCUCCUGGUUAGAUCUGCUCCAAAACUCCAGCAAUGCUCCAGCGAAGAGAGGAGACGCCACGAGGCCGCUCAGCCCCGGCGAGGGGGAAGAUCCGCCGGUCGUGACGACGUUGGCGGUGAUAAUGACACCAAGGCAGAACAACGACUGUUUGCGAAGUCACUUCAGUGGAUGGCCACAGAAGUGGAGGCCAGAUGGAAAUUGGGUCACAUGACCGCCUCCAGGAAGGCGUUGUGAGCCUGGAACUGACCAACGGGGUGAAACACUACCCUAAUGAUGAUUCGACAUCUAGUGAAACAGAGCAGCAGAGGGCAGGAAGCGUGCCUCCAAGGCAGAGCUGGUUGUCAGUACACGGCAAGGUCAGUGACACCCAACAACCAUGCUGGAACCGCGACAGCGACACGACCCCUGGUAAACCUGUCCACCACGCGGACAUGGAGGACGCCCACAAUCUAGUGGCUUUUUCUGCUAUUGCCGGUUCCCUGCCUCCAUCCUCCUCGUCCUGCCUCGUGCGGCCUAACACGGCGCAGCUGUAUGAGAAGUUCAGCAAGGAGAAGGGUGUUGAGGGGGCACAGGCCAAAGGCUCUGCGGAAGCUCCCGAUACUCCAGAAGACCUCAACACCCUACAGGCAGCACUGAGCCAAGCCAAACACGGAACCAAGCCCCCCAACUGCAACUGUGAUGGGCCCGACUGUCCAGACUACCUGGAGUGGCUUGAGAAGAAGAUCAAGUCUGCAGCCAAUGAGGACCAAGGUGCCUGCAAGAUGGCCGAUGCUCCCCCGCACUUGCAGCCUCACCUACAAACAAACCAUCUGCAGCAGCCCCGCCAGAUGAACGGUGGCCACCGUCUGUCUGUUACUUCAUACCCCCAGCAGCAGCAGGGAAGUCAAGCCCCUAAUCCAGGCCAAGGGCCGUGUUCCAAACCACCGAUUCCCUGCUCUCCCCAGGUGCUCUCCAUAGCCAAGGAAAACAACAUAAGUCUUCAGACAGCCAUUGCCAUUGAAGCCCUGACCCAGUUGUCUGGCACUGGUCCACAACCGGCCAUCUCACCAGGUCAACUUUCCUACAACAGCAACCUCCACCACCACCACCACCAUACGCAGAACCUCCCAUCUCAACCUUCCAAUGGCAAUGGCUUGAUCGUGUCCUCUCCCAGCACCCACUCAUCUUCCUCACGCUCUCAAUCAGUUCCUCCGGGACAAAACACCAUUCAGCAGGGCUCGCUUUCCUCUGAGCACCACAGGCCCCAAUCCCAGGGCCAGCCACCCCAUGCUACCCCUCUCCCAUCCUCUACCUCUCCCUUCCCGGGUCAGGGAAAACAUCCAGGCUUCAGCUCUAAUCCCCCGCAGUGGCAGCAAGGCUCAGGCAGAGGCUCCGAACAGAGGAACCCGUGGAUGUGUAAAAAGUCCGAGCCUCAGUCUCACUACGCCGCUGCCCCUCACAGCAGCUCAGACCCCAUGUCGGAGCUCAAACAGCUGCUUGGUGACACCAGUGGCAAGUUCAGCCACUCGCAUUUCAAGCUUCCAGUCUCCCAACCGAUCACCUUGAACCAGAAUGGAGGUAUCCAGGACCAGGACAACCCAGUAUUGGCCAGGAUUAAGCAAGAACCGGACUCUGGGGAGAGCUACCAUCACAUUCCCUCCAUGGGACAUUACGGUAUGGUUAACGGUCAGCCGCAGGGUCAGCACUACACUGGCCCUCCUCUGUCUCCUGGCCAAGCAGCCAUCAGCCUAUCCACUCAGGCAGCUCUGCAACAACACCUUCACUACAAGAGGAACCUCUUCUCUAACCACUCCCCUGGCUUCGGAGCACCGGGCCCUCGUGCCCCUAUGACUUGUCAAAACUUGAAAAAAUGGUGGCCCCAGGUGAACGCAGAAGGUUUGCCACAUCUCGCCAUGAAACAGGAACCCAAGGAACCCAAGAAGAGGAAAAGCAGUCAAGGAUCUCCUCUCAUAAAAGCUGCGAGUGGGAUGCUUCCAGGCCCUCCCCUGCCCAAACCUAAACAGAUAGUCAUCAAGAAGACCAAGCAGAAAGCCUCCCUGCCAACCUUCCUGCCUCCGGUUCAGAUCACCGUACAAAAACCAUCAGCCCUCAUGAUGAACAGAGCCCUGACCAGCCUGCAACCAGGUCCUCACCCCUCUCUGCCCCUCCACAGUAACUGCACUCAGGCUGCUGCUGGAGGCCUCUCUGCCCCAGCCCAAUCUCAGGUAUCCAUCUCCAACUCCCCAAUGACUCCCUCUUCCACUGUUUCUGGUUUGUCAGAAAACCCUCCUCUAGUCCAACCUGCGGCCCCCGUAGCUCAUGCCACGUCAGAGGGAGUGGGCAGCCUGGCCCCAGUUAACACCAGCACCACCACAUCCAGCGCCUCGCAAUUACAGAACGUCAUCAACAUAGACCCGAAGUACGAAGAUCUGAUCCGCCAGUUUGAGGCUGAAUUUGGGGACUCGCCUCCAGACGCAGCUGCCAGUCAGCCAAAGGAGGUCGGUGCCACAGCCCCUCAGCAGAGGAAUCAGUCCGAGACCGGCACUCAGGACAUCAGUCUCCCGUCAUCUUCCACCUCCCAAUCAGCUCCCUCAAUUCUCGCCAACCGAGCGGGUUCGACAUCCCAUCCAGAUAACCGGGAGAUGGAAGUCAGCAAGGAGGAAUCGGGGCCCCAGAGUGAGGCCACCUUGAACCAGGCCUCCACAGAAAGCCCCAUGCGCGAUAUCUCACUACAUCGUCAGGCUCUUCUGAACCAGCAGCAGCUGUCAGAGAAUGCCUUCAACAUGCCGUGUUCUCCGCUACCCAAACGCAUGAAGAUUGAGACCUCGGGUGACAUAGCAGUACUUUCCACCACAUGUUAUUCUGAGGAGGACACCCCCACCAAGGACAGCCUGCCUGCUUCGCCAUCCCUCAGAGGCUUCCUGGAGUCUCCUCUGCGCUACCUGGACACCCCCACCAAGACCUUGCUGAGUACUCCCUCGAAGGAUCUGCAGGCAGAGUUCCCUACCUGCACCUGUGUGGAACAAAUCCUGGAGAAGGAUGAAGGACCCUACUACAAUCACCUUGGAUCUGGACCCACUGUAGCCUCCAUACGAAUCCUGAUGGAGAACAGGUAUGGAGAGAAGGGGAGUGCCAUCCGGAUUGAGAAGGUGGUGUUCACGGGCAGAGAGGGAAAGAGCUCGCGAGGAUGUCCCAUCGCUAAGUGGGUGAUCCGUCGAGGCAGCGAAACAGAGAAGCUGCUGUGUCUGGUGCGUCAUCGCGCGGGCCACCACUGUGCCAACGCCGUCAUCAUCAUCCUCAUCAUGGCCUGGGAAGGUGUCCCGAGGGCCCUGGCUGACAAGCUGUACCACGAGCUCAGUGGCACCCUCACCAGCUACGGGAACCCCACCAGCCGCCGCUGUGGUCUCAAUGACGAUCGUACCUGUGCGUGUCAAGGCAAGGACAGCGAGUCUGCUGGUGCUUCCUUCUCCUUUGGCUGCUCCUGGAGUAUGUACUUCAAUGGCUGCAAAUACGCCCGCAGCAAGAUACCCCGCAAGUUCAGACUGCAAGGAGAUCACCCUGAAGAGGAGGACAAACUCAGGGAUAACCUACAGCAUCUGGCAACUGAGGUGGCUCCUUUGUACCAGAAGCUCGCGCCGCAGGCCUACAGUAACCAGUGCGAGACUGAGUCGAAGGCUCCGGAGUGCAGGCUGGGCUCGAAGGAAGGCCGGCCCUUCUCUGGGGUCACUGCUUGCAUGGACUUCUGUGCCCACGCUCACAAGGAUCAGCACAACCUCUACAAUGGUUGCACAGUGGUAUGUACUUUGACUAAGGAGGACAACCGUUCAGUGAAGGAGAUUCCAGAGGAUGAGCAGCUCCAUGUGUUGCCUCUUUAUAGGAUCUCCCAGACUGAUGAGUUCGGCAGCCAGGAGGCCCAGCGUCUCAAGAUGCAAACGAAAGCCCUCCAAGUGCUUCAGGCUUUUCGCCGUGAGGUACGCAAGUUGCCCGAACCUGCCAAGUCCUGCCGACAGCGCAGACUGGAGGCCAAGAAGGCCAAUUCGGAGAAGAAGAAAACUAAACUCAUCCAGCAGGGAGGAGCGACACCAGAUAAAACAGUCGUCAAGGCUGAGGUCUGCAUCACAGGUUCCCCUCAACCCCAAGGCAAUAAAGCAAUUAUAAAACAAGAGGUGAAGCCCAACAUCAAGAAGGAGCCUUUCAAUGGAUCGAUGGAUGGAUACCAUGUGCAGGCAGCAGACCCAUUCAACAACAUCUAUCCGCACCCUGCCUACUAUGCAAGGGGAGGCCUUCCCCCGACUGGCCAGCCCUCUGCAUCCGACCCAGUAAACGGUUACCACCACAAUCUGCCCGCGAUGCACUAUGGCUACUACAACUACUCCCCCAAUGCACUUUUCCGCCCCAAGCUGAGGACCUACGAGGGUCGAAAUGGCUCUUUGCCCAAAGCAGGCGGCAAGGUUGCCCAGGCUGACCUGAAGCCCGACGUUCAAAGCCUUCAGGCCAGACUGACCCAGUCCUUCCCCGGCCACCCAGAGCAAGCCAACCAACCAAACCUCAGCGCUUACACCCAGCACGCAGACCACAACCAGUCCCGUCCUUCCUCCGCGUGCUCCGAACAGUCCAACAGGGGCACCCCGGUCAUCAAACAGGAGCCUGCCGACCUGCCGGUCUACGAAGGCACGGCGCACGGCCAGGCUGGUGCCAACACGCCGAGCAGCACCCCCCAGCCUGCAGCCUGGCAAGGGCAUAAGUUUAACGGAAGUAUCGUUCCCACCAACUGGGAAGGCCAUCUGCAUCCAAAGCAAGGUCCCGAAGGCUCGUUGUUGACGCCGGACAAGCAGCAGUUUCACCAGCAUCCCCAGCAGCGGCAGUCCUCCCCUUUCCCCCCGCAGUGGACAUCCUACCCGGGCUCAAAUGCCCUAAACCCUUCCCCUGCUCCUUCGCCAUCACUCCAGGUACCUCCCUCUCCGUCCCCGUCACCUCACGCAGGGACAGCGUUCCCAGGUAACACACGACCCUCUACGCCGCGGUCAACCGCCCCUCAGGCGGGUACACCGCAGCCUGGCAGCUCUCACUCAGGCUCAGUCACGCCGCGGCCGGGCACGCCGGGCACGCCGGGCCCAGGCACCCCCAGGCACUGGGCCAGCCCUGCUCCUAGCCCUCAGCCAAAUGCUUGGGCCAUGGGGCCAGCGGCAUAUAGCCCCGGUUUGAAGCACAGCAAUCCCGCAGGGGCCUACGCAGACAAGAUCUGGUCCAAGACCGGGGAAAGUCGGUGUUCCACCCCUCUGGGGCUCCAGGAGAAGGCCUGGAAGUCCGGUGGGGGUUCCAUGGCGGGCAUUUCGCCGUCCCCUACGCCCGAGGGGCGUCUCUUCCCUGACGCCCUGCAGCAGUCCGAUCAGGCCUGCUGGACGCCCAACCGAGCCGAGAGUGAUGCCGAGAGCACCAAAGGCCGCGAGGAGUACGACGAAGAGGAGGAGUGGUCUGACAGCGAGCACAACUUCCUGGAUCCCAACAUUGGCGGCGUAGCCGUAGCACCAGCCCACGGCUCCAUCCUGAUUGAAUGUGCCCGUCGGGAGCUACAUGCAACCACUCCGCUCAGAAAGCCCGAUCGCUCCCACCCGACCCGCAUCUCCUUGGUCUUCUACCAGCACAAGAACCUCAACCAGCCCAUGCACGGCCUGGCUGUUUGGGAGGCGAAAAUGAAGCUGCUGGCGGAGCGAGCUCUGGAGAGGCAGCAGGAAGCGGCUCUCCUCGGCCUCUCCCAGGAUGAGAUCAAGGCCCUCGGGAAGAAACGCAAGUGGGGGGCUGCGGCGGCAGGUGCCAGUCCAGGACCGGGACAGUGUAAAGACAAGAGGGAGGGGCCAGUGACGCGGUUAGCGCCCACGCUGCACACCUCCUCGACGGUUACUGCGUCUCCCUAUGCCUUCACCCGCCUCACUGGGCCCUACAGCCACUUUGUCUGAGGGUCACGCGGAUACAGAGAGACUGGCGGCUACAGGGCGGUGCAGCGGAGGGCUGGAGAGAGCGGCGUGAACGUCUCUCAGCCGUCCCACAGUCCAUCCUGGACCCCUCCAGUCCAAUAGAGGGAGGGGACAUUUUUAUUGUUUUUUACCUCAUGUCAGGCAGUUGUUUGGGCUUCAGACACACUGCCUGUGGUGCUCUUCCUCUCUCUUCCCUGUAGAGGAUCUCCAUUGCUUUUUCUUGUUCAUAGAAUUUUAAUGAUUCUAAUUAUUGCUAUUAUUAUCGCUAUUAUUAUGAUUGCUAUUGUUACUGUCAAUGUUGUUAUUACAGGUAUUAUUAUAAUGAAGACUUGUUUGUUUUUUAUUAUUGCUGUUUUCAUUAAUGUUAUUAUUAAUGAUGUGAUUGUUUUGGUUUUUUUUUUUUUUAAUCAAUCAGUCUGUCAGACUUUAGACAAUUGCUUUUCCAUGUUUGGAAAAAGUGUACUUUUUCUGUUUUUGAUUUGUUUGUUCUUGUCAAUCUUCCAGCUGUACUUAGAGGAGGAGCCAUUAUCUGCCUGGUAAGACAGCAAAUCAAUAUUAUAGAAAUCACAUGUAUGUAUCUAAAAAAAUAUUUUCAGUAGGCUUGUCUUAGAUAUCUAUCUCUAUUUAAAAGAUUUACAGAUAUGUAUCUUUGAUUUUAUGACAGGAAGCCCUCCGUAAAAGUUAAUUCCAAUUAUUGUCAACCUGGGCCUCUAUUUUCUAGUUUUGUGUUCAAAGUUUUAUUACUAUUCCUGACCAUGAAUACGUUGACCAACAGCCCUGCUUUCUUAUACACAAAAUACAGUAUUACUGUAGUAAAGCCUUCCAACAGCCAUUUUUAUAUUUUCUAUUGCAUGGAAUGUGCAUAUACUGUAUCUUUGUAUUUUGCAUGAUUUCACAUUUUCCCAUGACCUGGGAAAAUGUGAACUUCAGCUUCCCGGCAAAUCAUUCCAGUUGCCCCUUAAAACCACAUUUGGAAAAGAUUUAGCUGCCUGUGUUGUGGUCAGAUGACGUGCUCCUCCUCCUCCUCCUCCUCUUCUGUGCCCCUUCAGACUGGUGCUCAACUUCCAGCUGUGCUUGAUUUUCAUUCCGCUACUCUUCAUGGCACUUGAUGCUGAACUUAGGUGCUCUCUAACCUGGCUCCAAGUCAAAUUUGUUUUGACCGAGGUGGAAGUGUCAGAUCGUGGAGCUUUGUUGCUCUAAAACAUCGCCGGUGGAUAUUUUGCUCCUGUGACUGUACACAUCUGGCACUCCGCGGCGGGCCAAAAUAAGUGACGCUAUUUGCAAAUGUCGUUCGACCCAGAUCGGCAACUACCACGUGGAUCGGUAACAGGCGGCACACUUUCUCUUCCUCUUAACAUUCAAGUAUGCGGGAGCACCUCGCAGUGUAAACUCUAGAGGGCAGCAGUGACUGCCUCCUCAAGGUGGUGUGUGCAAACAAACCUUGUAGCACGUGAGACCCGUUACAGAAACCAGCAGCCCCGCCUCGCUACUUUAAUAACCCGUUGCCAGCAGAGGGGGAUCUCAAACCCGUUAGCUGGGCGUCCCCAGAGCAGCUCGCCAUCAAGUUGAUCUCAUGGCACGGAUGCUUUUUUUGUUGGAAGCCCAUCCUGGGGUUGAGUGGGAGGAUAUGGUGUGUUUGGCGGGACAGCGGUGCUUUUGGUGCUACCACACACACGCACACACACACACACACACACACACACACUCCGGUGCUCUCCUGUUACACUUGAUAUACUGUGAAGGGCUCCCUCCUUCCUCUGCAUGGUGCUGUCAUCUUAGAGCAGAGAGAGUGUGUGAGAGAGAGAGAGAGAGAGAGAGAGAGAGAGACGUGUCCUUCUGCAGGCGCCCCGUCUCCACAGUCAAUCAAAGGGGCUGACACUGGGCCUCAGGACCGGUUUCAUUUUUAGGUGCUUUUUGCAAAUUGUUAUAGAAAUGUGAUUUUGUCUCGAACGGCACUCGGGGGGCGGGGCAGAGAAAGCACAGUAAUGUCAGUGCAUUGCCCAUAACCCUUUUCACAGAGAUAACAAUAGCAUGGAGAGCAAAACGAAGGGACCUAGGGAAAUGGAGACCCUAGGACUAGCCGUCAAAUGCAAGAGUCAAUGAAUCUCUCGGUGCGUGUAAGAGAAAAGCCAAAGAGAGACUAUUUGAUGGCCUGGAAAGAGUCUUGUGAACCACUCGUUUUUGUUUUUUGUUUUUCGGGCAUCGACAGUGGGACUAUUGGAUUUCGUGGUAUUGGAGCGGGGGACAUGGUUGCCUCGCGGCACUUGUCAGAACUGAAAAUGAGCGGCUAACAUUUGAUAGAGGCAGACUCCCGGCUGCCCGGCGGUGGCUUUGGUCCGAGGCCCCGGGCAUACCUCUCCCGAGGGUCUCCGGCUCUCUACCUCGCGCUGUAGAGAUACUGGUCACAGUCAACAACUUGCUACUGAGGGCAGAAAUCAUGCUUAUGUCCUUUUGUGUGCUCUAGAUCUCCACUCAUUUUAACCUGUUUUGGUUGUUGUUUUUUUUACUCUUAUUUAUUACUACAUGGUGAUGAUGAUAAUGAUUGUCUUUGAUGUUAUUGGUUUUUUUCCCAUCUUUUUUUAUAUAGCUAAUACAAAUUGUACAUAGAGAAGAAAAGAUUUAUAAAAGCACUUUUAAUCUUGAUUUUAAUGACAAAAAGAAAGAGCCGACUAUUGACAACUUGAAGCUUAGUUUUUCUGUUUUUUUUUGUUUUCUUUUUCUCAAGAGAGAGAUAAAAAUGUAAAUAUUAAAAUAUUUAGGUAAGAUUAUUUAACUUGUGAUGAUAGUAAAUAAACCAUAAAUGACAAGGGGGUAUUUUGAAGUCUCUGACAGCCCUCAACAACACCUGGUCCCGAUGUGUUGUGUGUAAAUGUGUGCUUAGUAACACUGCUGUUUUGCUUUUGUAAGUACUGUAACCCCUUGUCAGCAUGUAACUGAGACCUGUCACUUUCUACAAAGAAAUACAUCAGCUCAUUAUGUAACAUCGUGACAUACUUACUGGCAAAAAAGUCAAAAUAACUGAAGGGUACUCAACAAGAAGGAUUUAAUGGAAGUUGGCGAGAGCUAGGUGCGACAAUAAGUACAUUCUGCCAUCCGUAUUCUGAAUGAUGUGGCUGGAGCGAGCCGCUAGUUAGCUUAGCUUAGCUUAGCGCAACGACCGAAAACACGGGGGAAACAAGUAGAACAACUCUGUGAACAGGCAACAAAACCCACCCACCAGUACCUCUAAAAUCCCACAAACACCUUCCAUGCUACGGUUACGGUGGCGAGACUAUGGCUUCCAGGUAACCAGGCAACCAGUGGACACCACUCGGGAGUAACCGCGCCCAGCCGAAUUCCCGUAUGGCACAUGGACUAAAAUGUGUGGUUUUUGCACGGAUUAAUCAGUAGUGCUUCUCGAGUGCUGGUAGUAUGAUUUUGUGACCUUUGCUCAGAGCCAAACCAGCCCGUUGCCCCCCAAUUUCCAGUCACUUACCCUAAGCUAAGCUAACCGGCUACGUACGGAAAUGACCAUCUUAUAUUUCCCAUAAUAUUGAACCUAUUCCCUUAAUAUCAUUAAUGUUGCCCUUUACAAAUCUGCCCCCCGAUGGUGUGCAGGCCCCAAUCCAAAGGAGUGAAGUCUAGGAACAUACUGGUAGUUGCAGAGCCAGGCGGAGGUGAAUGGGACGGAGGGGGGAUUUUUUUUUUGCGAUCUUUGUCAGUUGUGUUAGACUAUCAGGUAAGAGACUCCCUGCUUGUUUAGACGUAUCUAUGAUUAUCUACUCAUAAUAGUAAGUAUGUACUUGGCUUAAGAAUCAUGACGCCCCUUCGGAAGACAACUUUGAGUGUUGACUUUGUAAUAAUUACAUUAUGGCCAACAGUGGUUUGACUGGUGCUGAGGCCGGAACUGGUACAGUAACGGCACAUUUUACUCUUUAACCCUAACGCAUGGACCCCAUUACGCACACACACACACACACACACACACACACACACACACACACACACAUACGUAAACGGGUGCUGAGGACACAGUGUAUAAAAUAUCUUAAAAUGUCUAACUUCACAAUUGGUUGGUGGGUGCUUUUCAUGAGGAGCGCCUCCUCCCAAGCUCGUUUUGAGACGAGGGAGGGGACCGGUCAGCUGGUGCUAUGAUGCUACACCUAAUAAUUCACUGUAUAUGAAAAGAAGAAAAUGUGAGGGAUAAAUGAUUACCACAAAUAUUUUCUGAGCUCUUCGAGAGGCAAGAAAAAUGUACUUUUGAUUCAAGCAGUUUCGUGAGAAGCUGCUCUGGUGCUGACUUUAUGAAGUCUUUUGUUACGAUGCAACAAAUUGAUGUCUCUUUUUGAGGGCAGGGGGGGCACUCAGACAGUUGAUUACAAUCUCUUAUUAACAUGCUUUCCCAUAUUGUACUUGAGCUCCUUUAAACUAUGAUGAAAUAUAGAGUCAUAUUGUAUCAAAACUGUUACCUGGGUUUCAUUUUUUGGUACAGCGCAAGUAUCAAAGGCUAUUGAAAUGAUCGUUAAGCAAGUUGUACACUUAAUGCUGAGAUAUUUGAACAAUAGAAGAAUAUCUGUUGUGUUUUGCCCCCUUCCUUUCCCUGGUCACGCACUUCCUUUACUCAACCGCCCUCCUAUUCUUAACACCUUGUAUAUUUUGUCUUUCUCACACACACACAAACAUAGAUAUACAGAUGCAUCUCACUGUGUAUGGCCCACAUUUAGAAGUCUGCUGAAAACCUAAUUUAACGAACACUCUCCAAAUUCGGGAUGGAGACUUGAACCCUGGCCCUGAUUAAACAAACAAAAAAAUGAACCUACACAACUGGCAGCUACUUUCCUUUUUGAGUUAGAUUGUUCUUGGUUCUUUAUUUUCAUGUCAAGGAUGCAGUAUGUAAAAAAGUGUUUUUGUUCAGUCUCUCUCUCUUUGUAGCUGUAUGGUGUAUUAUGUGAAUACAUAGUGUAUGUGAUAAAAAGCCCACAAUAUUGUUUUAUGUUGCGCGAUAAAUAAAAACAUUGAAGUGAAA